AUGCCCUCGAGUGACCGCGAGGCGGAGGCCUCCCGCCUCGUCCCGUCGCCCCCCGACGAUCCCUCAGAGGAAAGCAGCUUUGCCGGCGGCAGACCAUCCGCGCACGAGCCGGCAGACGAGCCGGCAGACGAGGCGGCAGACGCGAUGGAGGACGGCAGCAGUCUACUGCGCAGCGACGGGGACUCGGCUGGAAGCGCGGGCGGCGGGCGUGGCGGAGGCGCAUCCUCCUCGUCCUCUUCCUCCGCGCUCCCCGCGUCGUCGAGUCGCGCGCGCCGCCCCAUGCAGGUGGAGCGGCACGACGACUUGGAGCCGCGGUCGCGCCUGUCGUCGCUGAUAGACGCGGCGAAGCGCAAUCGGCUGUCGUUCGCGGCGGUGGCGGCGGCCGCCGUGGUGCUCCUGGGCUGGAUGCUCUCCGCGCUGCUCGCGGGCCUCCUCUCCCCGCCCGCCUCCGACUCUUCAGGCAGCGGAGUGUCGGCGGUAGCAGCGGCGUGGGGAGAGGAGGAGGGGGUGCUGCGCGCGGCGGAUGAGGGCGCGGGGAGCGCGGGGGGGCGGUGUGCGGUGUACACGUUCUUUGACCUGAACAGCGUGCAGGGGAAGCUGGAGGACGAAGAGAAGCUGGUGACGUCAUGGCAGCUGAGCUGGCAGCGGGCGGGGUGGGCACCCCAGGUGCUGCAGAAGAAGCAUGCGGGGCGGCACCCGCUCUUCCCCAACCUGCAGCAGCGCGCCAAGGCGGGCAACUGGGAGUUCAUGCGAUGGCUCGCCAUGGCAGUGUCAGGGGGAGGCCUGUACGCACACUACUCUGUGAUCAACCUCGGCCUGCCGCCACCGCCCCGCUGCUUCCAGUCCGCACUCACCGCUUUCGGGGACUCCUCUACCCCAUCACUAGUAUCCGGCAGCCCGCACAACUUUGUGGCUCUCGCACGCUCCUCCCUGCUGCCGUCCGGUGCUGACCUGGCAGCCGCCCGAGGGCUCCCGGUGCCACGUGGCAUCGUGCAAGUGGGCCAGAGCACAGCGAGAUCGCUGCUUGUGCCAGGCCGGCUCAAGAAGCGCCCCUGGCAGCAGGCCACAUCGCUGCUCUGCAGCACCUUCGCGCAGACCACAGAGUUCCAGGCCGUGUCCCUGCCAUCGCUGGGCGGCAUGCAGUCCGCUCUAGAGGACCUCAAGCACUGGAUCCGCCUCUGCACCACACACACCACGCCCUUACUCCUCUCCGACCACGUCCCCUCCCACCUCCUCCCCUCCUCCACUCCCUCCUCCUCUGCCUCCUCCUCCGCCUCCUCCGCCUCCUCCGCUCCCCUCUCGCCCUCACCCUCCCCCUCCCGCUCGCUCACCUACUUCCUCCUCCCGCACCACGCAUCGCUCUACUUCGCAGCAGAUUACGAGAAAUACCACAUCGACCCCACCACGGGCGCACCCCAGUGGAUGCGAGACAGCUACGGCGCAGGCAACGUGCCGACCGGGCUCACAUACAGCGAGUUCCUCAUCAUCCUCACCAACGCGCUCAUGGGAAAGAACCCUGACAAGGACAGCGACCCGCAUCUGGAUGAUAGGCUGUCGAGGGGGCUGGCGUCGGUGCUGCAUGUGGGCAUGGAGGAGGUGGCUGAAGAGCCGCACCUCUCCAUCCCCGUUUUAGAGCUCUCGCUCGGCUUCCUUCUAGAGGACCAGGCGCGGGGCGAGCUGGAGGAGGCGAUAGGGCGGGUGUGGGAGGGCGUGGGGCACUUUGUGGGCGCGGUGCACGGGGAGGCGAAGGAGGAGAUGGAGCGGCACAGCCGCGUGGACGAGAGAGUGCUGGCUGUGGUGGAUGGGCGGUUCAGACAGGCUGUCAGUGUGGCUCAGGCUCUGGACGUGUGA